AUGGUCCAACUUGACACCAGCCCACAUAGGGCGGGGGUCAACGGCUGCUUGGUCUCAUCCAGGCUCGCAUCGGUGUGGUCAUCUCUCACUAAGGUUGCAAACGCAGCACUGAGGGCGAUAUUCCCUGUGUGGAGGACAAUACCAACCCCGUGGCUCUGGUGGCUUGCCGGCCUCUAUCCUGAGUACUUGAUGGACAAAGAACAAGUACGGUGGGGGAACCGCAUUGUGAUAUUACCGGCUAGCCACCCUCUGUGGAUUAGGCUUGCCCAACCCCCUUAUCGCGGUUGGUCCCGCUUGCACCAAGCAGCCUCUGGCCUGAGGGCUAGGCCCCAGUGGGAGCCCAAAUGCGCGGGCAUCAGGGCGUGGCUUGUCCUCCUUUCCUCUCCUCCCAAGAAACGUCGCGUCCCUUCCCCGGACAUGCACAGAUGGUCGCAGGCCAACAGACCCCCCUCUGCUCGAUGGAACAGGCACUCGGCCAAGCCCUUCCUCGAGAAUUUUUCCCGGCAGUGCCUCUCCCGCUGGUUGGCAGAGACCUCGGGUCACGGCGACUUCCUGAAGUACCACACGCGGUUCAACCACUCCCCAGAGGCUAAUAAAGAACGCCCCUGCGGCGGUGCGGUGUCCAGAAGCCACUUCUUUUCCUGUCCUCUCACCUCCUUCAACAACCCACUUGUUGGCAGGCUAGACCCUGGGGGCAAGCCUGGGACGCUGCCACAGGGCACCCUAUCCCGUUACCACACCUCCCUCGCUCCCCUCUCGCAAGCCCGCCCCAAACCCAACGUGCGGAUCUAA